AUGCCACUCUUUUUCUGCAACAUCACCAGCAUUUUGCUGGAUUCUAUGCUGUACCAAGUCAGCAGCUGCACACCCAUUGCCACCCGUUGCCACCAAUCGACCGUUCCUCUCACCGCACACGGGCGGCGUUCAUCUCUCAACCUCUUCGGUGUCCUCUUCACCCGUUGCUCUCGCCCGCGGGCCGCCGCCGCUCCCGCCGAGGAGGAGGAGCGCCGGCGGUGGCUGGAGGAUCUCACCACCGAGCUCCGCGUGGCACGGCGCCAGUGCAAUGAGACUUUUGAGCAUCAGGGGCAACUUCAGUUCAUCCUGCUUGAGAUGAACUUCGAACGUUUUGGAAAGUGCUCGUCCAAUAUGUUUUCUUUGCACACUACCCAGAAGUUUGUAGAAAAGGACGCUGCAGAAAAGGCAGACAAUGGUGGACGAGACUUUGGCCGCGAAGCUCUGUUGGCCGAAGGGCUUCAGAGCGACCAUGAUGCCAACCGCUAUGCGGCUGCGCUGGAGGCGCUGG